AGCCUACCUGUGUUACCUCUGAAUUCACCGUCUUGUGUUGUGUUGUGUUGGGUGGCUGUGAAUCGGAAGACUUAUCAGCGGUCUACCUGACAAACUCCGAGGAUAGAACGUCGCCUGAAGGUACCUGCGCACCUGAACAGAACACCUGCAGAGACGCUACCGGGGCUGUUAUCGUGGAGUGUGUGUGGGCUUGGAGAAAAACAACGGAGAAAAGGAGAAAGAAAACGGGAUAGGUAGAAGACAGAAACUACAGAGCUACAAAGUUUGUUGUUAAGGUGGAGAAGGGGGAGGAGUACGCGAAGAAGGAGAGAGGGGAACAAUCCCCACGGUUUAUUUAUUUUUUCCAGAGGGAAGUUUUUUUUCUCACGAGUUUACCUAGACUUUAUUGAUUAGACGAAGGCGACAGAUUAACCGUAAAAACCGACCAUGCCGCGAGCCUUCCUCGUAAAGAAGGCGAGAUACUCUCCCGGUAAGCGGAACUGGAGCGAGCUGCCAGACCACGAGCGCGGGUACGUCUAUAUCCCAGUGUCUGCAUUCCCCUUAUUGGAGGAGACUGAAGCCAGCCCAGCAGAGACCGCUCUCUGCCUCUCCACGACGACACGCUACGAGUUCACCAAACGCACGGAUUCACUCCUGCGUGACGUGCACAGCGGGAUGGCCCCGAGAGCGGAGCUGCCCUCGUGCACGUUGCUGGGUCGACCACAAAGCCCGGUUCGGGGGUUAGAGGUCAAAAGGAGGGCACAGAGCAGCACCUACGUCCGCUCCAAAAUCAAGGUGACUACAGGUGAGCUACCAAGUGAGAUUCCAAUACGCCCCCAGCCUUCCGUCCCCGAAAUCACCACCACACCUGUUGCCUUGACGACGUCCACUACUGCCCCGGUCUCCACAGUAACGAAGUCAGGGACAGGUGCUCAGGCGUCGUUCGUGUGCCAGGUGUGUCAGAAGGUGUUCCAGUACCAGAGGAUGUUGAACCGACACCUGAAGUGUCACAGUGAUACUAAGAGACACCUGUGUAACCACUGUGGUAAAGGAUUCAACGACACCUUUGACCUGAAGAGACACGUCAGAACACACACAGGAGUGCGUCCCUACAAGUGCUCUCUGUGUGACAAGGCCUUCACCCAGCGCUGCUCUCUAGAGUCUCACAUGAAGAAGAUCCACGGUGUGACCCUGCAGUACGCCUAUAAAGAGAGACGCAACAAACUCUACGUCUGUGAGGAGUGUGGCCACACCGCCCCUUCCCAGGAUACACUGCUCAAACACUACCAUGCCCUCCACCCCAACUCCGCCUUCCUGAGGGCGAAGGGUGGGAGAGGGGAGGGGGGUGAGGAGUCGAUACCUGGGUCGCCGCUUUCGAACAGUCAAUAUAGUGAUGAUACUACAGGAUCAGGGGGCAGCUGGGAGUUGACAGGAGGGGCCCUCGACGAUACAGAGACAGGAGGGGACCUCGACGACACAGAGACAGGAGGGGCCCUCGACGACACAGAGACAGGAGGGGACCUCGACGACACAGAGACAGGAGGGGCCCUCGACGACACAGAGACAGGAGGGGCCCUCGACGACACAGAGACAGGAGGGGCCCUCGACGACACAGAGACAGGAGGGGCCCUCGACGACACAGAGACAGGAGGGGCCCUCGACGACACAGAGACAGGAGGGGCCCUCGACGACACAGAGACAGGAGGGGCCCUCGACGACACAGAGACAGGAGGGGCCCUCGACGACACAGAGACAGGAGGGGCCCUCGACGACACAGAGACAGGAGGGGCCCUCGACGACACAGAGACAGGAGGGGCCCUCGACGACACAGAGACAGGAGGGGCCCUCGACGACACAGAGACAGGAGGGGCCCUCGACGACACAGAGACAGGAGGGGCCCUCGACGACACAGAGACAGGAGGGGCCCUCGACGACACAGAGACAGGAGGGGCCCUCGACGACACAGAGACAGGAGGGGCCCUCGACGACACAGAGACAGGAGGGGACCCACUCCUCCACCACAGGACCCACUCCUCCACCACAGGACCCACUCCUUCACCACAGGACCCGCUCCUUCUCCACAGGACCCACUCCUCCACCACAGGACCCACUCCUCCACCACAGGACCCGCUCCUCCACCACAGGACCCACUCCUCCUCCAUAGGACCCGCUCCUCCUCCAUAG